GGCUAUAGUAGCCUCGCGGAAGCCAACGACGUGGACGUGACUCAAAAGUGUGGCAACUUUUACCUGUCUUGGUCUUCCACUUUCAACUUCAAUUCUACAACAUUCAUAUUUCCCAAGUUCUGACCGGACUUCGUUCGUUGUCGAAUAUCAUUAACAUUAGGUAUUUCUAGGUGUUGCUAUUCGGCAGCUCUUCUGAACUUCACAUGCACACCACAAAUCUUGCGACUUUUUGGACUUGUAACUUCGAAAACCGCAAACAUGGCGACAGAAAACACAAAAACGGUACCCACGACAUUUCAUCGUUUCUCCGAAUUGCCAGCUGAACUUCGCAUUGAAAUAUUCCAACUCUCAUAUAUCCCUCGACGAAUCAAGCUUCGCAAGCAUAGCAGCAGACCAAAACUUGCCCCUCGCUCAUCUUGUGCUCUGUUGCUAGUCAGUCACGAAGCGCAUUCAAUCUUCAUCGAAAGCUACACUCGUUGCUUGUACGAACACGGAUUACCAUCACAAUACAUCAACUUCGCCAUCGACACACUAUGCAUCAAUUCCGGCGACAAAGGAUUAAGGAAUCUCAUCAAACAGUACCCAAAAACCAUGGAGAAAGUGCAAUGGCUGGACGUGAGACCAUCAGAUCGCACUGGAAGGGUUGAUUGGACGGCGUGCAAGGUUCAGGAUAUGACUUCGCUACGACUCCUGACAUUGCGCUGGUCGGAUCUGGAAGGAGAGCUUGUUAGCGGCUACUUCUUCUCGGAACCUCUCGUUGAGACUAUCUUCGGUCUGAGAAGAGCUUUUCUUGCAAGACAGAGUGAGACGGGGCAAGCACUGCCUGUAAUCGCAGCUCUUUGCGGUCCGGGUGAGCAAACUCGAGGAAGUGUUAUUCGCGGUGCCGGGGACCUGGGCUUGGCUUUGAAGGCGCCGUCUGCUGUUACUUGGGAGAGAUUUGAGGUUGAUAUGAGCCCGGUGUGGAGGAAGAAUUGGCCCGGUCGGGAAAAAUACACGAGUAGAAAGUGGCUUGCUGAGGAGUUUGUGUCGGCGUGAUGGGAGGUCGUUUCGAGCAAGUAACUUCUGUUCAAUGUAUUAUCGAACUCUGUCUACUCAAUCCUGACUCAAUCCUGAAAAAACGUCCCCUCAAGUUUUGAGAGCAUGAGUCUAGGUGAUGACAAAAUUCGUCAUAUCCCUAGGUAUGUAAUCUUAACAAGAAGCGAGAAUCUCACUUGGAGCAACCA